AAAACGUGCUGGGGAUAUCGAUGUUAUCGAGGACUAACCAUCGCUAGCGGCUACUGCAAAAAAAAAGAGCGGAGUUUCGUGGACUCGAGUGAAAAUUGUGAAAAUCCAUUAUAUACGGCAGAAAGCAACAUAAGGUCCCAGAAUGCCGCGAAUAAUGAUCAAGGGCGGCGUGUGGCGCAACACGGAGGAUGAAAUCCUAAAAGCCGCGGUUAUGAAAUAUGGCAAGAACCAGUGGAGUCGUAUUGCCUCCCUCCUGCACAGGAAGUCCGCUAAGCAGUGCAAGGCCAGGUGGUACGAGUGGCUGGAUCCCAGCAUCAAGAAGACCGAGUGGUCCCGUGAGGAGGACGAGAAACUGCUCCACUUGGCCAAGCUGAUGCCGACGCAGUGGCGCACCAUAGCCCCGAUCAUCGGGCGGACGGCAGCCCAGUGCCUGGAGCGCUAUGAGUACUUGCUAGACCAGGCCCAACGCAAAGAGGAUGGCGAGGACACGAUGGACGAUCCUCGCAAGUUAAAGCCCGGAGAGAUUGACCCCAAUCCAGAGACCAAGCCGGCGCGACCCGAUCCCAAGGACAUGGACGAGGACGAGCUGGAAAUGCUGUCCGAGGCACGCGCCCGCUUGGCCAACACGCAGGGCAAGAAAGCCAAGCGCAAGGCUCGCGAAAAGCAACUGGAGGAAGCCCGCCGCCUGGCCACUCUCCAAAAGCGGCGCGAGCUUCGUGCCGCCGGCAUUGGCAGCGGAAAUCGCAAGCGGAUCAAGGGAAUAGACUACAACGCCGAGAUUCCUUUCGAAAAGCGUCCUGCCCACGGAUUCUACGACACUUCCGAGGAGCACUUGCAGAAAAUUGAACCCGACUUCAACAAGAUGCGGCAGCAGGACCUAGAUGGAGAACUCCGCUCAGAGAAGGAGGAACGUGAACGCAAGCGGGACAAGCAGAAGCUGAAGCAGCGCAAGGAGAAUGAAGUGCCCACCGCAAUGCUGCAAAACAUGGAACCCGAGCGAAAGCGUUCCAAACUAGUCCUGCCUACGCCGCAGAUUUCCGACAUGGAACUACAGCAGGUAGUCAAGCUGGGACGCGCCAGUGAGAUGGCAAAGGAAAUUGCCGGUGAGAGCGGCAUAGAGACGACGGAUGCUUUGCUAGCCGACUACUCCAUUACACCCCAGGUUGCAGCCACUCCACGUACUCCGGCUCCGUACACCGAUCGCAUCAUGCAGGAGGCGCAGAACAUGAUGGCCCUCACCCACACAGAGACGCCACUCAAAGGCGGCCUGAACACACCGCUGCACGAGUCAGACUUCUCCGGCGUGCUGCCCAAGGCGGCCUCCAUCGCCACGCCUAACACAGUGAUUGCCACGCCGUUUAGAACCCAACGCGAGGGCGGAGCAGCCACUCCCGGCGGAUUCCAAACGCCCUCCUCCGGUGCCCUAGUUCCCGUAAAGGGGGCAGGAGGGGCUACGGGUGCCGUCAAUACACCUGCCUACGUGAGGGACAAGCUAAGCAUCAAUCCCGAGGAGAGUAUGGGCGUCACCGAGACCCCAGCACAUUACAAAAACUACCAAAAGCAACUAAAGUCUACACUACGUGACGGACUCUCCACGCUGCCCGCUCCACGGAAUGACUACGAGAUCGUGGUGCCCGAGCAGGAGGAAAGCGAGCGCAUCGAGACCAGCUCAGAACCCGCCGUGGAGGAUCAGGCGGAUGUCGACGCCAGGCUAUUGGCGGAACAAGAGGCGCGCCGAAAGCGGGAGCUAGAGAAGCGCUCCCAGGUUAUUCAGCGUAGUCUUCCGCGACCCACUGAAGUGAACACCAAGAUUCUGCGACCGCAGUCCGAGAAACAGAAUCUUACGGAACAGCAGCAGGCCGAAGAACUGAUUAAACACGAAAUGAUCACCAUGCAGCUGUACGACUCGGUCAAGGAUCCCGUGCCCGGUCAGUCGCAGCACAAGUUGGAACAGCUACAAAGCUACUUCAAGGCCAAUCCCUACGAGGACAUCUCGCAGCAAGAGUUGGCGAAGGCCAAGCAAAUGCUCACCGAGGAAAUGGAAGUGGUGAAGGAGCGGAUGGCGCAUGGCGAACUGCCCCUAGACGUUUAUGCCCAGGUGUGGCAGGAGUGCCUCGGCCAGGUACUUUACCUACCCUCCCAACAUCGCUACACACGCGCCAAUCUGGCCAGCAAGAAAGAUCGAUUAGAGUCUGCCGAGAAACGGCUGGAGACAAAUCGCCGCCACAUGGCCAAGGAAGCCAAGCGCUGCGGCAAGAUCGAGAAGAAGUUGAAGAUUCUCACCGGCGGCUACCAGGCGCGCGCCCAGGUGCUGAUUAAGCAGCUUCAGGACACGUACGGCCAGAUUGAGCAGAACUCUGUCUCACUCUCGACAUUCCGCUUUUUGGGCGAACAGGAGGCCAUCGCUGUGCCGCGGCGACUGGAAUCGCUGCAAGAGGACGUGCGUCGCCAGAUGGACCGCGAGAAGGAGCUGCAACAAAAGUACGCUAGCUUAGUAGAGGAGCGCGAUUCGCUUUACUCACAAAUAGAACAUAUAACUGGCGUUAGGCCCACGGCCCAGCAACUCCUGCCCGACCAGGAAGCGUAAACCUUCUUUUGGAACCUAAGUCCGCUCUAAUUUAAUUACAAUAAUUACAUGCCAG